AUGCCUAGAAUGAAGCCUAUUGUCACGUAUUCGCUAGCAGCUGUCAUCAUCAUUUGGGUGAUGCUUGGUGCCAUCACAUUGCCUAAUGCUACUCGAUGGUUCAGAGGCUCAGGAUGCAGUAUUAGACAAGACAUUGUAUCGUUUCAUCUAAACAAAUCAGCGACACUACAAGACGCCAUUCCAGUAAAGCUUGCUCAGAGAGAGUACAAGGACGGUAUUUUCUUGGUAGAUAACACUCCAGAAGUGGCUCAACAGGGACUACAAGGAAUACUGUACAACAGAGGAGAAGCUUGUACUCUGUAUUCGCCAAAUACAUCUACAUUCAUCUUCCAGAAUAACAUGUCAAGGAUCGCAUUGAUCGAACAAAGCACAAACUGCUAUUUGGUUGAUAAAAUUAUGAAUGCUGAGAGAGACGGUGCUGUGGCAGCCAUCGUAUUCAAUAAUAGCACAGUAUCAAAUGAACAGCCUAUGGGUGUGAUACCAAAAUCAAUAAGGAUCCCCACAUACUACGUCAGUUACAAUACUGGUAUUGCAAUGGUGCAUGACUUGGAGAAUGUAGCUAAAUCACCACCACAAGAAGGCGACACUCCAUACAUGCUUCGAGUGGGCCUGCUACCCAACAGUAAGCCUGCGUUAGAUCAUUGGCAAUUUGCAUUAAUCAUCGUAGGUGCUAUGCUUGUAACCAGCAUCAUUUCUAUUACUGCAUUACAGUGUCAUAUGUGGCGAAUGGCUAGAGAAAGACGUCAAGAAGAGAAUGAAAUCCUAACUCUGGCAGAGCAACAACAGCUUACGGCUGACGAAAACUACUGGAGAAACAUAACUGGACAACCACCGAGACUCAUGCCACAACCACGGCCUACAAAGCAGCGUCUGCCUCAAUCUCUCGUGGAUCUGCUGCCUACUCGUAUCUAUAGAAACAAAGAGACAGUGUCUGAUGAAAAGCUAUGCUCAAGCAGAAAUGCCUCCAAUAGCUCACUAGACACAGCAUACGAGCCUUCAAAUUGUGUCAUUUGUUUGGAACCUUUUGAAAAUGGAGAUGUUUUACGACGAUUACCUUGCAAUCACGAGUAUCACCGAGAUUGUGUUGAUGUAUGGCUUACCAAGAAAUGCGGGUCUUGCCCUCUCUGUUUGCAUUACAUCGAGAUCCCCACUGUCCCUGAUGAGACCCAUGCACUAGAUCAAGAUGCAACAGAGCCAAAUUAUUAUGGAUCAGGUGAUUUAGCUAGUACAUGGCAAAGCCUAUCAAGGGACGAGGAAAUUUUGCUUCGACAACAUCCCUUUUCAUACAACGCAACACCAUCAUCAGCAGCCUCGUUUACAAACCCUUAUCCUCCCGCCUAA